CGGAGCUCCUGCGUGUCGUCUGUGAAGUGCAGCAGCAGGAGCGUCUCGGCUCUGCGUCACGACACAAACAGAGUCCCGAAAUAACUUUACCUGCGUGACUUUUCAUCCCUCAUCGGGCGUGAGUUGCGUUUUAUUCAGGCACCAGUGCUAAAUGGCGAGUCCAGGUUCGGAUGCAGGACGGCAUCUUGCACUGCAGCCUCAUCCUCAUCAUCUCACCGAACCGGCGCCCGAACCUGCUGUCCGCGAGGCGCAGAGAUGGAUAGAGGCAGUGACUGGCAGGAGUUUUGGUGACAAAGAUUUCAGAGGCGGACUUGACAACGGCAUUCUUCUGUGCGAACUACUGAGCUCCAUUAAACCAGGACUUGUGAAGAAGAUAAACAGGCUGCCCACUCCUGUAGCUGCUCUGGAUAAUGUGGCGCUCUUCCUGAAGGGUUGUGAGGAACUGGGUUUGAAGGGCUUUCAGCUGUUUGAUCCAGGAGAUCUUCAAGAUCCUUCCAACAAAGGCCAAGACGGCAACAGGAAGUUAAAAAAUGUUCUGAUCACUAUCUUUUGGCUGGGUCGAGCAGCCAAUAGCAGCGCUACAUAUAACGGGCCCACCCUGGACCUGCAUGAGUUUGAAGGGCUGCUGUCACAGAUGAGAAAGGAGGCAGAGGAUCGGGACAGUCCGAAGCGUAGCAUAAGGGACAGCGGUUACAUUGACUGCUGGGAGUCCGAACGCAGCGACUCUCUCUCUCCACCGAAACACACGCGAGACGACUCGUUCGACAGCCUGGACUCCAUCGGCUCGCGUUCCCGUCAAACCCCCUCGCCUGACGGCCUGCUCGCCCGUGGCUACAGCGAUGACCGCGGGAGCGACUCGGAUUGCGACACUCCCAAUAGGAAGAUGCCAGACAUCCGCAAGGACGACAUGCUGGUGCGUCGAACCUCUUGCAGUGAGCCACGGACGCCUGUCCCUUUCAACCAGUACCUGCCCAACAGGAGUAACCAGAGUUCAUACAUGCCCGCACCGAUGAGACGCCCGCGUGCCGACAGGGAGGAGAGCCGUAAGAGCUGGAGUAAUGCCACCUCACCUGUAGGAGGAGAGAGACCCUUCAGUGACCCUCAGAUGAGUCCUCCCAAAGAUCACUUCAGUCCUUCUGUACAAACCCAACCAAUCGAGCAGAACCAAUCAGACAGCCAGAAGAUGGAUGAGGAGGAAACAGAGAGAGAUGGAUGGGAUUUCCUUCACAGCGAUUUACAGAUGUUGCAUAAUCAGACUGCAGGAAACGAUGCCAGAUUCAGGCGCACAUCUAGUGUGUUUGAUGAUAAUGAGAGUGUGAGUAUGAUUGACAUGAGAAGUGAGGAAGAUUCAUUAUCACCCCAUAGUCAAGUUCGGCAUGAGCUCAUGCACAACCAGUACAACAAGUUAAAAGAGGAUGAAGAUUAUUGGCAGGACGAUCUGGCCCGCUGGAAGAGUCGCAGGAGAAGCGUGUCUCAGGAUCUGAUAAAGAAAGAGGAGGAGAGGAAGAUGAUGGAGAGGAUGAUGAGCGGAGACGAAUGCUCACAGAGAAGGAAAAGCAUCAAGACGUACCGAGAGAUAGUGGAGGAGAAGGAGCGUCGCGAGCAAGAGCUGCAUGAAGCUUACCGGAACGCCCGCACGCCCGAGGAGGCGUCUGCCGUGUUGCAGAAGUACGCCCAGCGCUUCACCAUCAGUGAGGCUAUUCUCGAGCGCCUUAAACUCCCUAAGCUGUUGGAAAGGAGCGUAUCGGCCGACCCCACCCGCCACUCCUCCACCCCUGUCUUUCUGGACACCUCCUCCACCUCCAAUGCAAUGCAGUACCUGCGACAACAGUCUCUCCCCACGCCCAAGUUCACGUCCACGGUGGAGGCGCGAGUGACGGGUUUCACGGUGGAGCAGGGAAUCAAGGGAGAUGCUGAGAACAUUUUGGGUCCUGCUCGUUCGCUGGCUUCAAAACCUUACAGACAGGGCGGAAGAGCUGGGUUAAGGACAGCAAAGGUGGAUGAAGCAGUGAAUGGAGAGAGAGAUGAUGACGUCCACAGCAUUGAGGAAGAGGAGAGGGAAGGAUCAGACAGACACAGAGAAGAAGAGUCUCUGCAGUUCUUCCCAUCUCCAUCUCAGCACACAGAGAUCAGACAGACUGACGUGUCAGAAGUCUCAUACACAGACACUCAUCAGAUGACGGAGAUUAAACGAGAGAUGAUCCCGCAGGCCGGUGCCACCUCUAUAUCCCCAAAAGUGUCUGAACCAAAAACAGAGGAGAAUGUAGCCGAUAAAGGAAAGUCCACUGAAAAUCACACGUCUAUGAACACAGAUGCAUCUGAUGUGAAUCAGUGUGAGUCUAAUGUGAUUCAGACCGAUGCCUCUGCUGCACAGGUCCAAAAACCAGCAAUGGAGUCUCCACCUAAACCAGCAAAUCAGUCAUAUUCAUCCAUCCCAGAAUUAAAUGGAACCGCACCAGUGUGCCAAACACCAAAUACAGAAAUGGCUAAGCAGUCUGAUGGCAAUGUUCCUCCCAUGGUGCUGAAUCUGAUGAAACGCGUUGAACACAUUUCUUGGAGCCCUGAGGAGGAGCGUAAACGUCAGAAGAAGUGGCAGGAAGAGCAGGAACGAAUGCUUCAGGAGAAAUAUCGUCGUGAACAGGAGAAGUUGAAGCAUGAAUGGGAGCUGGCACAGAAGGAGGUGGAAGAGGAAGAGAGGCGGUACCAUGAGGAGGAGCGGAAAAUUCUGGAAGAGACUGUGACCCCGCUGACCCCUCAUGGACCGAUCACUCCUUCAGCCCUCCCGAUCACCCACAGCACCUUACACAAUAACAGCAGCGCUAAUGCAGUCCAAAGACAAACCACAGUACAGAUGACAGUAAGUUCUUCAUCUCAAGACUGUGGGACUGUGUCCUAUGGCCAGAAAGGACCAAAAGACCUGAGCCAAGAAAAACAGGUUACACCACAGUCUAGUCAGGCAGUCACCCUUUUGACACAAAAAGAUGUAUCCCUAAGCAAUAAACAACAACCACAGCAGGCCGAAACCUUGAAGAAAACUACAUCACAGACAAAACCUGGUGAACGCAAGAGGUCUGACUCUAUAGAGAACAUUGUGGCAAAUUCAUCUUCAUCAUCCUCAUUCACAGACACACAACCACCUCCCUCACCAAACAGGUCUGUCAGUGGGAAGAAGCUGUGUUCAAGUUGUGGUCACCCACUUGGCAAAGGUGCCGCCAUGAUUAUCGAAACUCUUAGCCUUUACUUCCACAUUCAGUGCUUUAAGUGUGGUAUCUGUAAGGGUCAGUUGGGUGACACCAGCACAGGAACAGAUGUGAGGAUUAGAAAUGGACUCCUGAACUGCCAUCAGUGCUACAUCCACUCCCGCUCUGCCGGACAGCCCACUACCUUGUGAAAUAUUUGAUUUGGGAUCUUAAGAAGUCUACCUAUAAUACAUCUUCAUGCCCAAUACAAGCACAUUUAACUUGAAACCACUGCAAAUCCAUUGUUUAAGGGUUUUUGUUUUUCUAACACCAAAAGUGAGACUGUAGCAAAACCCAUGUUUUUCAUUUUUUAGGUUUCCAACAUUGUCGCUGACUCUUUGUAAAGUCCAUUGUUUAUUAUCUGGAAAUAGUUAUAAACAGUACAGUAUGCAACACUAUGUGGAAGAUUUGCGCUAUAAAUCAAAUAUAAUUUGUGGAUGAAUUUCAGCAUACUUCAGAUUUGUCUGAAUGAAUCUUUAUCCUGAUGUUGCAAAUGUAUUUAAUUUAAAAAGUUUUUGACAUCGCAAAGUAUUUUAAUACAUUUUAAUUUGGUGGCUACAUAGUAAUCCUGCCAUUGAGAGUGGAUUAAAAUGUUUAGAUAUCUUAUAAACAUUUAUUUUACAGUAUUCCUUUAAUGGAUGAGAAAGGUGUAAAUGAGACAUUUUUGAAUUUGUAGUGCCUCAGUGACCCCUGAUCAUUUCCUAUCUAGAAGAAAGUAUGUAUUUUUACACAUGUAAACAAAAUUGAGUUGUGCACGUAAAAAAUGACAAGUUGUAUGGAUACAGCUGCUUGAAGUAUUUUUCUCUAAACAGAUGGCUUGGGAAGUUGUUGCACUGAAAUAAUGUGCCUUAAGUGUGAUGCAAUGUCUGUAUAAGGGAUUCGGAGUGAAUGAUAUUUUAAAUCCAAACACUAUUUCUGUAUUGAUCUGAUAAAACUAAAUAUUUUUGGUCAUGUUUUAUAAUAUGGAGCUGGUUGCCACUUGCUCUUUGAAAUUGUGAGCGCUGAGCUUUUAAAUCUUUCAGUUUUCCCCUUUUUCACAGCACACUUCACAUAUGUUUUCUUAACAGUUGUAACAUGAAAGGUUUAUUUUAAAUGUUUGGCCCAUUACACUUUUUGCUUAAAUCCAAAAUUUGGAUUGGACAAUUAGUUUUUUAUAUACAGUAUAUAUAAAGUUUGAUCUAUUUUCAUUUGUUCAUUUUGACCAUGACAAAGCAAUACAGAUGUAUGGGCUGCCUAUCAAACUGGCUUAAUUUAACACAGUUUAAACAUAAUGUCUAUGAAUGUUUGCUCCUACAUUUUAAAUACCCGACCAAAAGCCCAUGGAGACUUUUGUUGUUAUAAACGUGAUCAUUCUCAUCAUAUUUGCUAUGUAAUCUUCUGUCAUAAUCGGUUUAUUUAGCCAGUAUUUCUGUGCUUCGGGGUGGGUCAUGUAUUUAAUGUUUAAUUUGUCAAAACUGUAGCUUUACAGAAGGUCGGGGGAUUUGCCAGGAAAGUUUUUGUUGUUUAGGAGGGAAAACACUUACCUUGGAAAAUAUAUCCCUUAUAUCUAAGGUAUAUUUAUUGUGUUAUACGAAUAUACACUAUCCAAGAGAUCAAUCUGAUGUUAACAUGGCUGUAUGUUUAUAAAUAAAAUGUUAAAAAAUAA